CUCUCCUGGAGCCCCUUUAGGCCCUGGAAGGGGCUCUGAGCUCUCUCUGGAGGCUUCUCCUCUCCAGGUGAGCACCCCCAGCUCUCCCAGCCUGGCCCCUGCCUCACUCCAACACUCGAGCUCAGCACAGUCCUUGCUGCCGCUGCUGCUGCUCUGACACCCAGGUCCUGCUAAAACCACAAUGGUCACAGUGACAACAGCUGUGACAAGUGGCACAACACCACCGGAGGCUGCGAGGGUGGCAGAAGAGCAGCACCGGACACCCGGCUGUGGUGUCCGCCCGCUGUCCUUCCACUGUCCACCUGCUGUGGGUGCUGCGGGAGGUGGGCUGGCCCCGGACACGCCCUGGAGCCCCGUGGAGAAGCAGGGCCAGGGAUGGUGACUCCAGCACUGCCCUGGCUGUCUGAGCCUGCACCUGACCAUGAAGAAAGGGGUUUGGGGGUUUGAAAUCCCACAUACACACUCCUUCUUGCACAAGGCCACCACACCAGUGAGCACUGCCCACGGCAGGUCCCUCACAGUCCCCUGUGGGCACAAAUGCCACCUGCAAGCCCAGCCCAGCUCAGCAGUGAAGGGUUAAGUGCCAGCCCAGCUCUACGGGAAGCUUUCCUCUCCUCCUUGCCAAGGUUUAAAUUUAGUCCCUGCAUGAACCCAGAGAACGUGGGCAUCGGGUUGCUCUGGGACUGGCAGCGCUGGGGAGCACCUGCUGCUGCUGUUUCAUGGCAAAAAUUCCCCCAAAAGCUGGGACUGGGCUGCACCAGCAGCACUUGGGGUGGGCAAGCUGCAGAGACCCUCAUGUCACCCCAGGCACCCCACCACUGGCUUGGGGCAUCCCCAAAAACGACACAUGGUUGCAGUCCUUUGGUCAGCUCCUGUGAAUCCCAGGGGGGCUCCAUGCCCGGGUGGAUCCCAAGCCUUGAGUUUGCUCCUGGCCGCUUGGAUUGGCUGCGGGGGAGCUCCAGCUUGGGGCAGGGCGUGUUUAGGGGAAAGCCCGGCACUCCAUUGCCGUGGCGAGGUGGGAAGCGGCACCGGGAAAGGAGCCGUGGUGGGGACGGAGCUGCAGCUCGGGGUCCUGCCGUGCCCUCAGCAGCGCGGAUGGGACAUCCCCAGAGGGGUCUGCAGGUCCCCCCGUUCCGGGGCAGCCCGGGCCGUUCCAUGGGGUCACACACCCGGGAGCUCUAUGGGGUGUCCUGGGACCUGUCCUGCGGUUUGGGGAGGGCGGGAUGAGGGGCAGGGAUGAGCCGGCGGCCCCUCGGCAGGUCCCCGAGGCUGGGGGCGGCGGUGGCAUCCCUGCAAUGCGCUUGGCAUCGGCUGGCCCGGCUGGCGCUCGCCGAGUCCAUGUGAUCCGGGACUUGCUCUGUGCCGCCGCCCGGUCCCGCCGCCGGGACGGCGAGGGAGCCAGAAGGUCGAGCCAGCGGCCCCGGCAGAGCGGCCCCGGCCCUGAGCAGGGUUCCCCGGCACCGGCUGAAGCCCCCGGGCUGCUCCCUGCCACCAUGCUCCGCGGGAAGAGGGGCCCGGUCCUGCUGUCCCCCGCCGAGCUGCCCGGCCCCGAGGGCGAGGGUCCCCGCGCGGCUGGGGACGGCCGGCGCUCCGCGGAGGAGGAAGAGGAGGAGGACGGACACCUCCCGGGGCUGCCCCGCGACGACCUCACCAAGAGCAUGUCGAGCUCCUCCGUGUCCUCCUACCACUCCGCCCUGUGCUCGGACGGCACGGAGACCUUCAAGGACUGCCUGGAGUUCCUGGACGAGGAGGGAUCGCCCGGCCGGGCUGCCCCGGGCCGCUGGGCUCCGGCGGGGGCCCCCGGCGUGCCCCCGCCGCCCGGCCCCCUCGCCCGCCCGCAGCGGGCUCAGCUGUCCAGCGCGGCUAAGAAUAGCCCAGCGCCGGGACAGGGGGGCAGGAUGGGUCCCCUCGGUGGGGACCGGCAGCCUGUGCCGGCCGCGGCCGCCGGCGGGGAGCCGGCCGUGCCCCGGCAGCCCGGGGCGAUGCUCGCCGGGGCUCCCAGCGACUCGGACGAGGUGGACGGCGAGGUGCAGGCGCUGACGGCCAGGGCUUUCCGCAGCCUCUCGGGGCUCCCCGGAGCUCGCCUCGACAUGUGCAGCUCCCACACCUCCUCCAGCCUCUCCAACUCGCUGUCGGAGGACGGCGGGCGGCCGCGGCGGUGGCCGGCGGGCGCCGGGGAGCCCCGGGGCGCGGCGACGGCUCUGCACGGCAGGGCGGGCUGGCCUUUCCCCGCCGGCGUGGACGGGGAGCUGCUGGGCAAGGAGCAGUUCGAGUGCGUGGACGUGGAGCUGGAGAACGGCGAGGCCAGGAAGGGCCACGGCAAGAAGAGGACGGUGCCCAAGCGCCAGAUCCUGCUGAAGAGGAAGGAGAGGAAGGAGACGGGCUUUGGCCCCCGAGGGGAUGGCCCAGCGCCCCAGCCCCCUGCCAGGAAGGAGCCCCCUAGCAAGGGCAGAGCCGUCGGCGAGGACUUCAGGCUCAACUACCAGCAGUUCAUGAAGGCGGCGUCCCUGGAAGCCGGCACCGACAGGACCAGGGCGGCCUCGUGCCUGGUGAAAAACGUCCUGGCCAAGAAGAUGCAGUACGAGCAGCGCAUCAAGAUGGAGCAGAAGGGGCUGCGGGGCAGCUCGACCUCCUCGGGGCCGUCCUCCGCCGGCACCGACCUGCUGGGGGAUGGUCUGGAGGGCAAAUCCAGCUCGCUGUCCCGCUCGGACUGCAGCUUCUCGGCCGAGGACCUGCGGGGCGGCGGGAUGCCGGUGGCCACGGCGGCCGCGGGGAGCACCGCCGCCACCACCCAUCCCACCAAGGGCGUUGUGCUCAGCGAGGCGACGAGGGAGACUGUCUGCAACCUGAGGAAGACGUUCAACGAGCUCAACCAGAGGAUGAAGUACCAGGAGGUGCUGGAGGGCCGCUGGCUGCCCGCGGCCGCGGAGGAGCACACGUCGGAGAGGAUCUGCUACCAGCGAGCCCGCGCCUUGUUCGAAGCCCAGCCCGGGGUGGGGAAGGUGCUGGAUGUCGCUCCCCGGUUUGCGAGGGCGCCGAGGCCGUGGCCCAGCUUGAAGGAGCGAGCCAUCGGCCCCAUCCAUUCCCAAAGCCUCCCCUUCAAGGCCGAGAGCGCCCCGCCGCGCCGCCCCUUCGCCUCUUCCCGGGCGCAGGAGGCCAGGACGCUGCCGCAGAGGCAGCCAGAGAAGCCACCAGCAGUGCCCCGACGGCCGCCCAGCCCCGACACCCCCCCGGCACCCCGGGGGUCCCCGCCAGCCGCGCCCCCCAAGCCAGAGGAGAAGGGGAAGGGGCGCGUCCCGCAGCCCCGCGACGUGCGCAAGCUGGUGAAGAGCAGCUACAGCCUCAAGUUCGGGACUGCGGGCGCCUCCCGCGGCACCGUGGCACCGGCGAGCAGCGGGGAGCCGCCGCCAGCCGCCCCUCUGGUCAUCCACUGCACCUCGGUCCGCCGGGAGCCGCCGCCGGAGCCGGCGGGUGAGGAGGUGCCGGCAGCUCCCGGCCGAGAGCCAGCCCCGGCGUGUGCCGAGGGGCCCGCAAAGCCCCCCGGCAGCCGGCCCGCAAAGCCCCCCCACAGCUCCCCCAUCAACAUCACGAGGGUCCAGGCCACGCGGAGGGGAGCGGCCCCCGCGGAGGAGCCGCCGGCGUCGCCCCCGCGCCGGGAGCGGAGCGAGCUCCGGCUGCCACCGCGGGCCCCGGCGGCCGAGCGGGUGCCACACGUGGAGACCCAUCUGCACGUCCUGGUGGGCCGGCCGGUCCCGGCGGCCCGGGAGAGCUCCCCGGCUCAGAGCAGCGCGGUGCUGCGGGCAGAGAAGACCGUUCUCCUGCCGCCGCCACCGACGAGUCCCGCGGAAGGGGAGGAGGUGCUCGGCCGCGGCGACAGCAGAGCGCUCCCCGCUGCCGAGGGGCCGGAGUCGCUGGGGCAGCGGCCCCGCGGCGGCGACAGCCGGGACCCCCGAGCCGGAGCCCCGGGCGGCAGCAGCGCCCGGCCGCGGCCGGCGGAGCCGGCGGCGAGGAGCGCGGCAGAGCCCGGUGCCAGCGAGCAGAGGCAGCAGCAGCCCGGCGGCCGGCGGGUGUCGGUGGGCAGCGGGGGCUCUGCCGGUGGCCCCGGCCCCACCGCCCCGCUCCGAGCCGGGGACAGCAGCGAAGGCUCCCCUGGGCGGCUGCCGGAGCAGAGGGAGGCCUGGGAGCACUCGCCGCAGUGGCUGGCAGCUACAGAGCCCUACCCGCCUGCUGCCCCCGCAGAGAACUCCAACUACUUGGCAAUCCCCGAGAGAGCCCCCAAAUCCACGCUGAUGCCAAAGCUGUCCUCGGUCCCCAACCCAGGCAGUGCAUCCUUUGGGACCCCCUUUGUCCCCAGCCCAGCCAGUGCCUCUUUUGGGACCUCCAUGGUCACCCACGUGACCAGCUCAUCCUUUGGCUUUCCAUCAGCCUCCAGCCUGGCCAGCACAUCAUUUGGGACCCCUUUAGUUUCCAACUCCAACAAGUCUUUUGGGGCCCCUCUGGUCCCCAACCUGUGCAGCACAUCCUUUGGGAACCCCUUGGUCCCCAAUCCAUCCAGUGCAUCCUUUGGGAACCCCUUGGUCCCAAAUGCAUCCAGCAUGUCCUUUGGGAAUCCCUUGGUCCCCAAUCCAUCCAGUGCAUCCUUUGGGAACCCCUUGGUCCCCAAUCCAUCCAGUGCAUCCUUUGGGAACCCCUUGGUCCCCAAUCCAUCUAGUGCAUCCUUUGGGAACCCCUUGGUCCCCAAUCCAUCUAGUGCAUCCUUUGGGAACCCCUUGGUCCCCAAUCCAUCCAGUGCAUCCUUUGGGAACUCCUUGGUCCCAAAUGCAUCCAGUGCAUCUUUUGGGAGCCCCUUGGUCCCCAAUCCAUCCAGUGCAUCCUUUGGGUCCCCACUGGUGCCAAAUGCAUCCAGUGCAUCCUUUGGGAACUCCUUGAUCCCCAGCCCAGGCAGCUCAUCCUUUGGGUCCCCCUUGGUCAGCAACCCAGUCGCCAGUUCCCUUGGGCAUCCAUCAGUCUCCAACGUGGCCGGGUCUUUCUUUGGGUCCCCUUUUGUCCCCAGCCUAGCCAGCGCUCCGCUGGGAACCGGUGCCUAUCCCCUUCCUGGUGGGGAAGUGCCCUGGAGCAAGCCCAGCCCUGAGCCCCCCCUGCCCCGACCCCCUGAGGGCUCUGCUGCUGUGGAGCCCCCAGCCCAGCCCCACCUGGAGGAUACUCCUCAUUUCCUCAGGAGGACCGAUGGCCCCUCGCCGAGUGGGAGGAGCAGGCAAAGCCCCCCCAAGCCCUUCCCCGCCGCCGCGCCCACCCAGCGGAGGAUGCUCGUGGAUCCCAGCAGCGGGAAGUGCUACUACAUGGAGCCGCCUCGGCAGCCCCAGAUGAAAACGCUCUACGACCCCGAGACCGGGCAGUACCUGGAGGUGCUGGUCCCACCGGUGGCAUCACACACCGGGCUCUACCAGGCACCUUUCAACCCGCUGCUCAUGGCCCCGGGGCUCUAUGGCCCUCCCUGCGCACCCUACGGCGGCUUCCCGGGGCUCCCGGCACCGCCGCCCUCCGCCCCCUCGCCGCCGCACCCCUCGCUGCCGGCUCCCGACUGCGGCUACCUGGAGAGCCUGUACUACAUCCCCACGGGCAUGCGGGCCAGCCCCGGCCCCGAGCAGCCCCCGGCCCGCGCCAGCCCUGCCGCGCCCGAGGGCUCGCUGCUCCGGAUGUGAUGGGAUGGACCCGCGGGGGUGUCCCUUCCCUCGGUCCGGCUUAGCCCAAAGUCAGCAUCAUCCCUGGCACGGGAGAGCCUUCCUGCCCACGGCUGAGCUGGCAAAGCACCGAGGGGUACCGGGCACUAACUGGACUUCACUGGCUUCUCACGGAAACAGGGACAAAAAGGGUGUUUUCAGGUGUGAGCAGCUGGCAGCCCUAGGGGGACGUGGAGGUGUGGGCCCCGGCCAGCAAAGGGACCACGGAGGCCCUGCUUCCCCCUGUCCUGCCAGUCCCAUCCCAAGGACGACCCAGGCUGGUUCACACAGGAAGUGAUGGCCUGGCCACCCCCAGCCCCCCCAACCAUAGCUGCAGCACAGACACCACAAAAUAGUAAUAAAAAUGCUGAAACAGCUUUAA